AUGCCAUUAUCUGUAUAUGAUGCUCUGAGGCUCCCUCCCUUAAAAAGGUUGGCAGCACAUUUUGUUUUGGCAGAUAAGAGCAUCAUCUCAGUGGCUAAAAUUGCUGAGGACGUACUAGUGAGCAUUAAGGGGCUAACAUUUCCUAUUGACUUCUACAUUUUGGAGAUGCCCCCUAAUGAAUCAGGAAGACCAUCAUCCAUCCUGCUUGGAAGGCCAUUUCUGAAGACUUCAAGGUUCAAAUUGGAUGCCUUCUCAAGAACUUACUCUUUUGAGAUAGAUGGCAGAACAGUGAGCUUCAACCUGGAUGAAGCUAUGAAGAACCUACCGGAAGAUCACUCCAUCUUUCAGUGCGACAUUAUUGAUGAGACUGUGGUUGAAGUUCACCAAGUAGUGGUAGAAGAGACGCUUAUGGAGCAAGAGGCAAGUGUGGGGACACCUACUGAGCUUACUGAAGAUACCUUACCACCACAAUUGGCUCCAGAUGAUCAAGAACCUAGCCAUGAGCAAAAAAUGGAGUUGAAACCCCUUCUACCCCACCUCAAGUAUACUUACCUUGAGGAUAAUCAGAAGCUCCCAGUUAUCAUUGCAAGGGAACUCACUUCCCUACAAGAGGAGCAACUGCUUAGUGUGCUAAGAAGACACAAGAAGGCCAUUGGGUGGAGCUUGGCGGAUAUAGUAGGCAUCAACUCUCAAGUCUGUGAGCACCGAAUAUUUUUAGAAGAGGGAACAAGGCCUGUGGUUCCAAAGAAAUCUGGAGUCACAACAGUAAAGAAUGAGCAUGGAGAGCUCAUUGUAACUAUAGUGCAGAAUGCCUGGAGGGUAUGCAUUGAUUACAAGCAUCUCAACCAAGCUACCCGCAAGGAUCACUACCCCCUGCUCUUUAUCGAUCAGAUGCUUGAUCGCCUGUCAGUUGAUCCAGCAAAGGUAGAUGUCAUUUUUGGGUUACUUUAUCCCUCUUCUGUGAGGGAAGUCCUCUUGUUUCUUGGUCAUGCAAGUUUCUACCAGCGCUUUAUGGACUUCAGUAAGGUAGCAUUGCCCUUAUCCCGACUAUUGCAGAAGGAUGUUGAGUUCAAGCUGAGUACAGACUGCAAGGAGGCGUUUGAUAAGCUGAAGACCGUCUUAAACCAAGCCCCUAUUGUGAGAGGGCCUGACUGGAGUCAACCCUUUGAGAUAAUGUGUGAUGCCUCCAAUUAUGCAGUAGGAGCAGCGCUGGCUCAGCGCGAAGGUAAGGACCGUUUUAUUAUUGCCUAUGCAUCUAAGACUUUAGACGCUGCUCAGUCUAAUUAUACUACCACUGACAAAGAGCUUCUGGCUAUUGUUUUUGCUCUGGAUAAAUUUCGAGCCUACUUACUUGGUACUAAGGAUAGGAGUGGUUCCCAGAAUUUAGUGGCGGACCACUUGAGUCACCUAGAGCACAUUAAGAAUGAAGCCACUCCUAUCAAUGAUGCUUUUCCAUUUGAUAGCUUGCACGCAAUAUCUGAAGUAGUUCCUUGGUAUGCUCCUGUAGCUAAUUAUCUAGUUAGUCAUACAUUCCCUCCUAAUUUUACUAAGCAUCAAAGGGACAAGCUAAAAAGCGAGUCCAAAUAUUAUAUAUGGGAUGACCCAUAUUUAUGGAGGUAUGGUGCUGACCAAAUAAUUAGAAGACCAGCCUCUCAACUUACCGAGACACCUCCGGCAAGCCAUUGGACACGUACAGAUUGCGGCAACCUACCCUUUCCCGCCUUGGUUUCAGAUCUGGUCUCAGCAGCUGGAGUAUCCUACAAAGCUGGGGACACCAAGGCUAUAAUUCCGCGGGAUGAUCAGUAUGUCCCCAAUGAAAAGUACAUCCGACCCCCAGUAGCCACUACCAGCCGGACUGCAGAUCCGGCCGGAGGUAUUCCUUCUUCUUCCACAUAA